AUGCGAUCAUUUUUCACUACUCCGAUCUUUUAUGCUAAUGCCAAACCUCACCUUGGUCAUGCUUAUACCCUUUGCAUGGCUGAUGCUUGGUCUCGGUUUUCAGCAAUAAGACAUCACCCAAGCCUUCAAGCUUUUCCCCCACGUCGAGUUUCUAUGCGACCACCGUCUAAUCUAACUUCAUUCCUUUGUACCGGUGUUGAUGAACAUGGCAGUAAGAUCGCUCGUACAGCUAUGGACCGCAAUUGUUCUCCACAAGAAUUGUGCGAUAGUGUAUCUAUAUCGUUUGCAGACCUUUGUUCAAAAUUGAAUAUUUCCACCAGCGCCUUUAUUCGCACAACAAAUGACUUGCACAAAGCCGUCGUCCAUGAUGCUUGGAAGCGUCUCGAGAACUCGGGUUAUCUCUACUGGAGCACUUAUUCCGGAUGGUAUUCUACAACGGACGAAACCUUCUAUGGUGAUUGGGAGGUCACUUAUGACUAUAAGAAAGGGGUCAAGGUAUCAAAAGCGUCUGGAAACGAGGUUCAAUGGGUCGAAGAAGAGACUUGUAGAUUUCGACUCGCAGAUUUCAAGCAUCAUCUUCAUAAGUGGUUAGAUUCUGGAGGUGAGCCGAGUUUUAUGCCUUCUCCCGUGCUUUUUAAGCACGGUCCUCUUUUGAGGAGGCACGUGGAAUAA